UUCGCGAAUUUAUGCCCUCCGUGCUCUGGGGCUCGGUGACAGGGAGCUCCCUCCACCGGAAAGGGUGGGCGAAGCGAGCUGCCUCAUCCGGCGGUCCGUGUCACAUCGGCCAGCGGAACGCUGGUACUAGGUUUCCUGAGGCGGAGGGUCAGGCAGCGAGUGCAGCCCACCGAGGGUCGUGACCGUCUCGGAUCGGGGAUCGGUCGCCCCUGCAGUUGUCCAGAGGCUAUCGCUUGCAGAGAGCGAGUAUCGCCAGCUUGCGAAGAUAUGGAUCAGAAACUUUCACAGUUGAUAGAGGAGCUCACAACUUCAGGAGAAUCCCAGCUGAAUGCUCAGAAAAUGAAGGAACUGAAGAAAAUUUGCAAGUCUUCCGAGGAGCAGCUGAGCCAUGCCUACCACCUGCUGAAGACACAGCUGACCCAGGACCAUGCUGAGAUCCGCCUCUCAGCCUUCCAGAUCGUGGAUGCGCUCUUCACCAGGUCUCACCAGUUCAGAGUGCUGCUCGUUUCUGACUUCCAGGAAUUCCUAGAGCUCACACUGGGCACAGAUAAUGACAAUCCCCUGCCACCCCCACGGGAGGCAGCCCAGAGGCUAAAGCAGGCAGCCAUGCAGGCUGUGGAAGGUUGGAAUGAGAAGUUCGGGGAGGCCUAUAAGAAGCUAGCCUUGGGCUACCACUUCCUAAAGCACACCAAAAAGGUGGAUUUUCGGGAUGUUGAUGCUAGGACUGUGGCAGAAAGGAAGCGUGAAGAGGAGAAGCGGAAACACCUGGACAGAAUCCACAGAGAAAGUGCUGAGCGGGCUCAGAGGGAGAUGGAAGAAAUGUCUGAUGAAAUCCGAUCCUGCCUGACAGAAGUGGAGAACUGCUUUAAGCUGCUGGUGCCCUUGGACUUGGGCCCAUACCCAGAGGAUAAAUUCUUUGCUGAGGCAUCUGGCCUAACAGAGGGCCAUCUUCCUUGCACCUUGAGCCCAGACUUGGCAACUUCUUGUGAGUCUGGUCUCCCUGGAUCUCAGAAUGAAGAGCAGCCAUGCUGUAGCAAGGACCUGGUUGCCUCCACAUACCAUGUAGGAUCUGUUGUCGGUCUGAAGGCACUAGCCCAAACAGCUGAGGAAGACCUCUCCAGGGAUGAAGAUGAGCACAGUGACCCAGAGGAGUUCCUGAGGAGCCAUGGGCUGGGAUCCCACAAGUACACACUGGAUGUGGAACUCCCCUCAGAUGGUCUGAAGGUACAAGAGAAUGAGGACAACCUGGCUGUCCUCCAUGCUGCUCGAGACUCACUCAAACUCAUUCAGAACAAGUUUCUGCCAACUGUGUGCUCCUGGGUCCAGCGGUUUACCCGUGCAGGAAUCUCCAGUGGACACUUAAAACAGGCCAUUGACCUGAAAAUGGAAUUGGAACUUGCUCUGAAGAAAUAUGAGGAACUGAACAUCCAGCCUGAGAGAGGGCAGAGGAGCAGGACAGAAGCCCUGGAGGACAGCGAGGAUGAGGAUCAGGACUUCGUGGACGUCCCAGAGAAAGAGGGUUAUGAACCUCGAAUCCCUGACCACCUCCGGGCUGAAUAUGGGCUGGAGCCAAAGGCCUCACUGAAGACUCUAGAGAAAGGUACAGCUGUGUGCAGCUUACAGGAGAGGACAAGGAUGAGAAAGGAAGAGGAGGCAUCGGACCCCACCUCUGCAGCUGCCCAGCUAUUGCGGCUCCAAGACUGCUUGCCAUCCACCUCAUCCUCCUCUACCAGGUUACUUCUGGGGCCAGAGGAAGCCCAGAAGCAGGCAGAGCGGGCCCGAGCACCCAUUGUACCCUUUGGAGUGGACCUGUGUUACUGGGGCCAGGAGAAACUAACAGCUGGGAAGAUCCUUAAAUCUGACUCUCAACACCGCUUCUGGAAACCCAGCGAGGUAGAGGAGGAGGUGGACAGUGCCCACGUCUCUGAGAUGCUCCAUAGCCGACACAUUACCUUUGCAGGGAAGUUCGAGCCUGUGCAGCACCAAUGCCGGGCCAUGAAGCCUAAUGGGAGGCUCUGCGAGCGCCAGGAUCGGCUGAAGUGCCCAUUCCAUGGGAAGAUCAUCCCCAGAGAUGACAAGGGGCAGCCCCUCAACCCAGAGGACAGAGCCCGUGAACAAAGGCAGCAGCUUCAGCAGCAGCAGGCGCAUCCAGAUUGGCAGGACCCUGAGUUUAUGAAGGACGUGGAGGCAGCCACAGGGGUGGACCUCGGCUCAUCCAGGUAUAGCAAGAAGGGCAAAGGGAAAAAGAAGAAGCACCCCAACCUCACCGACCUGCGAGAGCGUGCCAACACCUCCCGGGCCCGCCUGGAGAAGAAGGUCUUUGCCAAGGCAGCCGUGCAGAGAGUAGUUGCUGCCAUGAACCAGAUGGACCAGAAGAAACAUGAGAAGUUUGCAAACCAGUUUAAUUAUGCACUGAAUUAAAAGAGUGUGGGAUGAAUGUGCUGGGGUC